GAGCGCGAUAUUUCGAGCGAGGUGGUCUCUCAAGAAAUGCGAGGAAGAGAAUAUACGAGCAGAAGGAGAGAAAUAUUCCCGGCGGCGUUGGAAUAUACGUUUUGUACGGCAGAACAAAACCUCCGUAGUAGCUAUGGCGAAUUUUAGGGCUUGGCAAUUUUGAGCUGGGAGGUUUUGGCCGUUGGUACCAUGGCGGGGAGCGGCGAAGAGCCGCUCAAUCGGGAGCUCUAUCGCGUUCCGGGCCACGCAGGGUGGUUUUCGUGGACCGGCAUCCACUCCAUCGAGCGCGAGGCCCUGGUGGAGUUCUUCGAGGGCAAGACGCUGUCCAAGACGCCAAAGAUUUACAAGGAGUACCGCGACUUCAUCAUCAACAAGUACCGGGAGAAUCCCCGGCGGCCGCUCACCUUCACGGAGAUUCGCAAGAUGCUCGUGGGCGACGUGAAUUGCCUCCGCCGCGUCUUCGAGUUCUUGGAGCUGUGGGGGCUCAUCAAUUACCACCCCGAUCCCGCCGAGGCUGUCAGCUCCAUCGUACUGCCCUCCAACUCCAGCGCUGCCGCCGCUCCUCCUCCGCCCGGCAUCCAGAUCGUGUCAAAGUCAUUCGCCGCCAACCCGGCCUCCAACUUGGGGUCGCGAGAGAACGCUUUCCACAGCAAGCAGCAGGGUGGCGGAGGUGGGAAGUCGCAAAACUCUCCGGACGGGAGCUCCUCCUCCGAGUGGACGGCCGAGGAGACGAUGCUGCUGCUGGAGGCGAUAUCCAAGUAUGGAGAUAAUUGGAACCGGGUCCAGCAGCACGUAGGGAGCAAGAACAGGGGGCAGUGCGUGAGGCAGUUCAUCCAGCUCCCUUUUGGCGACCAGUUUCUGAACGAAGAUCUUGGGGCCGUGUCGUCGUCGUCGCCGGUGGCUUCCAAGUCGCUGGAGAAUGGGACGAGCCACGAGGUGAGGCAUCCGACCAAGAAGCAAAAGUUGUCACACACGGAAGCCAAGGCAGCCAAAGGUGCUCAGCACGCACACCAGGCAGCGCCCAACACCGCUAGCGCGCAUCAACCGGAAGCUCACCAUGUUUUGGAGGAGGUGACGCCUUUGACAGACGCCUCGAAUCCACUCCUCUCGCAAAUUGCUUUCAUGUCAGCAAUGGUGGGUCCUCGAGUGGCUGCUGCGGCCGCUCAGGCCGCCCUGGCAGUUCUCGCCGAGGAGGAGCCCGCGGUGUCACAAUUACCAUUUUUGAAUCAGCAGCAACAGCAACAGCAUCACCCGCAUCAACAAAAGGGGCAACAGCUGUCAAAGGAGCAACAGCAGCCAAAGGAGCAACAGCAGCAGCAGCAGCAGGAUGAGCAAGUGGCCGCAGAUAAAGAGGAAAACAAGCAAAACAACGCUGAAAACGACUCCGACGUAAAGCCUGAGGCGGACGCCACUCCGGAAGUCAAGCAGCAGCAGCCAUCAGCGGAGCCAGUGGAAGACAAGGAUCAACAUGCAAAGAAGGACAAGGAAGAGACGAGGAUUUCGGCGGCAAAGCUGCGUGCGGGGCUUGCUACGGCCAUGGCUGCCGCAGCUGUGAACGCGAAGCAGCUGGCGGACCGUGAAGAGCGUGACAUGGAGCUCCUCAUGGCCAACAUUAUUGAGAGCCAGCUAAAGAAGCUCUACAGCAAGCUCGAUCAUUUCGAAGAACUCGAGCAGCUAAUGGACAUCGAAAGGCUGCAACUCCAACAGAUGCGAGAGCAAGUGUUUGUGGACCGCCUCCAGCUCAUGAGGCAGCAGCACGCGAGCGCCGCCACCGUUGCCGCAUCCGCUGCUACGUCCGCGCAAGACAAGCCAUCGUCAUAACUUUCACUCUAGCAGAGAAAAAAGCUCCAAACUUUUGUGUAACAUAAACAUUUGUAACACAGUGACCCCAAACUUUUUGAUCUCU